AACCUUACUAUUAUUAUAAACCUCACCAAAACGACGUCGUUUUAACCCCAUUGCUUCAGAUCUCUUCUUUCACCAUAUUUCUAUAAUUGCUCUUCAAAUCAACUCGUUAUAUAUUCUCUCUUUCUAUUGUACUUAUUCUCGUAUAUAUACAGUCAUCAUAUUGAUGAUACGUUGUUCAUUUUGUAUAUGAAUAUAUACAUGUAUUGUUGAUUAACAAAAAUUUGAUUCCGAUUCGAUUUUGAAAAAUGGCUGUGGUUGCUGGACCUGUAACUGCAGGACAGGUGUCAUUUUUGCUUGGAUAUAUCCCUGUCCUCAUUGCAUGGAUAUAUGCUGAAUGGUUGGAGUACAACAAGAAGUGGUUGUCCCCUUUUAAAGUCAGUCAUUCAGAUAAUAAUCUGGCUGAAUUGGAGCUCUCAACAACCAAGGAAGAAGAUCGAGCUGUCUUACUAGAAGGAGGUCUGUCAAAAUCUGCAUCAGUGAAGUUGUCAAGUUCAUCGAUAAAAACAAAUAUAAUUAGGUUUCUAACAAUGGAGGAUGCGUUUUUGCUAGAAAAUCGAGCAACUCUAAGAGCAAUGUCUGAAUUUGGGGGAAUCCUGUUUUAUUAUUAUCUCUGUGACCGUACAAAUCUCUUUGCAGAUUCUACUAAGAGCUACAAUCGUGAUCUCUUCAUCUUUCUGUAUGUUCUUCUGAUCAUAGUUUCGGCAAUGACUUCUCUCAAGAGACAUAAUGAUAAAUCAGCAUUUUCUGGCAAAUCAAUACUUUAUCUUAACCGCCAUCAGACAGAGGAGUGGAAGGGAUGGAUGCAGGUUCUCUUUUUGAUUUAUCAUUAUUUUGCUGCAACAGAGAUAUACAAUGCAAUUCGGGUUUUCAUUGCUGCCUACGUAUGGAUGACUGGUUUUGGGAACUUCUCCUAUUAUUACAUAAGAAAGGAUUUUAGUUUAGCUCGGUUUGCUCAGAUGAUGUGGAGGCUGAAUUUUUUUGUAAUAUUUUGCUGUAUUGUUCUCAACAACGACUACAUGCUAUAUUACAUCUGCCCGAUGCACACACUUUUCACCCUUAUGGUUUAUGGGGCCCUUGGCAUUGGUCACAACUACAACGAGAUAAAAUCAGUGAUAGCUUUGAAGUUUCUUAUGUGCUUUGUUGUGGUUAUCCUGGUUUGGGAGAUUCCUGGAGUGUUCGAAUUUCUUUGGGGUCCUUUUGCCUUUAUGUUAGGCUAUACAGAUCCAGCCAAGCCGGACCUACCCCGAAUGCACGAAUGGCAUUUUAGAUCUGGGCUUGACCGCUAUAUAUGGAUUAUUGGCAUGAUAUAUGCCUAUUUUCACCCAAAUGUUGAGAAGUGGAUGGAGAAACUGGAGGAGUCUGAAUCAAAGCGGAGACGGACAAUCAAGUCAUUAAUCUGUGGAGUAUCUUUAAUUAUUGGGUACUUGUGGUUUGAAUACAUAUACAAGCUGGACAAGACAGCUUACAAUAAACUCCACCCCUACACAUCAUGGAUUCCCAUUACUGUGUACAUCUCUUUGCGUAAUUUCACUCAGGAGCUGCGGAAUUUCUCUUUGACACUCUUUGCGUGGCUCGGCAAGAUUACCUUAGAAACCUACAUCUCCCAGUUCCACAUCUGGCUGAGAUCAAAUAUGCCGAAUGGGCAGCCUAAAUGGCUCCUCUCGUUUAUCCCGGGCUAUCCUAUGCUUAAUUUCAUGCUGACUACAGCAAUUUAUGUCUUGCUAUCCUGCCGGCUUUUUGAACUAACCAACACACUCAAAUCCGUUUUCGUACCCACAAGAGACAAUCAGAAGUUGCUCCACAACUUCAUUGCCGGUGUCGCGAUUUCUGUCUGUUUAUACAGUAUUUCCUUUAUUCUUGUUCAGAUCCCUCAUUAAUGAGUUAAUACGGCGAAGGCCCAGACGACACAGUAAUAGAGAAUGCUAGAAAGUUUAAAGGAUCAAUGUGGAACUGAAGUAUUAAUAGAAUUCGAUUCUUUGAUGGUGAUUGAGAUCUUGAUACCCAGCCACAGGUUGUGAAGUAUGUGUUUUGCAACAAUUUUGUGAAGUGUCACUUGUUACCAAGUUAUGAUAGUCGAAAACGAAAAUUUCUCAGUUUUUGGCUAUUCAAAGUUCAGAGAAAAAGCAAUGAAGUCAGGGGAAGGGAAUCAUGUGUAUAGUGUCGAUCGCCACGUGUAUUCAUUUCCUUUUUUUUUUUUUUUCAUUUGUCACUUGGUGUAAUUUUUUCUUCAUGUAAAUCAACAUGAGAAAAUGUGGGAAUGUAGUUGUUUCUCCUUCAACAGACUUGAUUAAUUAAUUGCUAAAGCAAGAUUCAUCA